CGUGAUCAGCUGACUUCAGCCGCGCUAUCCCAGCUGCUAGAUCGGGGGAAGCGAUGCCGUGACACCGCCGACUCGCCCUACCAGGGGCAAAAACUCCGCCGCUGGGCAGUCGAAGGGCGUCGGCUUCUGCAAAACCCCCACGCCUCCGUGAAGCGCUUCGAGUGCAGCUUCGACUCGGACUGCCCCGAUUUUCCCGAGCAGAAGUGCCAGUGGAAUGUCACGGCCCACCUCUGGGAGUGCAAAUGGGUGCAGGACUCCGUGAAACUGUCG